GGGAGACGGAGCCGAUACCAGCAAAGCGGGGUUCGGGGGAGCGCUUCGUGUCUUUGUGGCGUUGCGAGCGACUCGUAGACUCUUGAACAAUUGCCCUCCCCCCGCCUCUGUGAAGCCCCCCGAUCCGGCUACCCGUACAUCUCCCGUAUUAUUUAUCAAGUUCGGAGCUGCUACUUUUGCUGCUAAACUACGUCGACUUCAACUGCUGCUGCUGUCUGUCCCGUGGCCCUUUGUGUCUGUGACUGGAGCGAUUUUUAGCUUUUUUUUUUGGGAGGGCACGGACAAGCUAGAGGAGAUCUGUUGUACUCCAGUUCGACAUUUAUCUUAUCGACUCGGGCGAGAAGGAACAAAACAACCCGCAACAGCAGCAGCAUCAUCAUGUCCACGGCUCUCGUGUACCCGUUCGGUGACAUCGGCGAUAUGUUCUUCAAAAACGACGUGAACAAGGACUUCGACUUCGAGUACCUGCCCGACAAGUACUCCAUGGACUCGUCGCCUACCCUGCAGUCUCCCUACCGCGGCUCCUCGGCUCUCAACCUCUCUCUGCUCGGCCACAACUCCCCUUCCUCCUCCUACUGCAACCCGCGGUCCGCACUCGGAGGCAGCAGCAGCAGCAACAGCAGCAGCAGCAACGGAGGAGGUCUGGGCGGUCUGGGGUGCCUGGGUCUGUCCGGCCUCGGGGACCUUUCCACGGCCUCUCACGGCUGCCGUGACCUGAGGUUCCGAGACCGAUCCUUCAGCGAGACCGGCGAUCGGGCCACAGCCCUUGGUCUCGGUCUGGGUCUCGGUCUGGGUCUCCACGGCUUCGGCUCUCUGCACAAAUCCAUGGGGGGCGGCGGUGGCGGCGGCAGCAACGACAGCAGCUGCGGCAGCAUCAACGGGCUCGUGGCGAGCUCCUCUUCCUGCUCGUCCUCGUCCUCCUCGUCCUCUUCAUCUCCCUGUGCAGCAGCAGCAGCCGCAGCCGCAGCAGCAGCCGCCUCGUCGCAGACCCAGAGCAGCAACUCGAGUCGCUACAAGACGGAGCUGUGCCGGCCCUUUCAGGAGAGCGGCACCUGCAAGUACGGCGACAAGUGCCAGUUCGCGCACGGGCAUCACGAGCUGCGCGGCUUGGUGCGCCACCCCAAGUACAAGACCGAGCUGUGCCGCACCUUCCACACCAUCGGCUUCUGCCCCUACGGGCCUCGCUGCCACUUCAUCCACAACGCCGAGGAGAACCGCCUCGCCGUAGCAGCAGCAGCAGCCGCAGCAGCCGCGGGCGGCUCUGGCUCCCACGGCUCUGGCUCCCACGGCUCCCACUCCAUGGGGCCGAGGCCUCGUCUCAGCCACAGUGUGAGCUUCGCCGGCUUCCCCAGCGGGGGGGUGGCGGGCGGUGGCCGUCGCUGCACGCGAUCCGACUCGCCGCCGACUCUGCUGGAGAGCCCCGCGUCUCUGACGCCACCUCCGGGCCUCCUGUUCGCGUCCGUGAGCGAGGAGGCGAUCCUGCAGCAGCUGUCGCCCCUCCCGGCGGGCACCAAAAACCCUUUCGUCUUCACCAACCACCGUGGCGUGCCCACGAUGAUGGGCAACGGCGGCAGCGGCGUGGCCCGCUCGCAGUCGCCCCUCGAUUCGCUGUCCGACCCCGACGCGGGGUACCUCAGUUCGGGGGGUUCCAGCGGAUGCGAGUCCCCGGGUCCCGACGGUUCGGGGAAGAGGCUGCCCAUCUUCAGCCGCCUGUCCAUCUCCGAGGACUGAGUGUCUCCUCCCCCCCCCCCCCACCCAGUACUCAUUCUCAGUAACAACAGCAGCAGCAGCAGACAUACGAUUUAUAGAGGAGGCAACAGAACACAGCAGCAGCAGCACCAUCAAGUAGUCGUUUCAUGAUGACGGUAGCAACGAUGAUUGCGCUCUUAUCCAUGGUGAUGAUGAUGAUGGUGUUGGGGGAAGAUACUGUUAAAUCGGUGCAUGUGGUGUUUUUAUGAUUAUUAUGUUUGGAUGAUGUUGAUGAUAGCGCACAGAUGUGACCUGCUUCCAAACGCACCAGCGCUUAAGAGGAGGAGGAGGAGGGGAGGGCGCUGAUGAGUUCGCGCCCGAGCGCCGGGCGUCUUCGGCGUUGUUUGUAGGAACGCGAUGGCGUUGUUGGCGAGUCUCUCUCUGCUCGUGUCGCCGUGCCUUAACCUAGCAGCAGCAGCAGCAGUGCCUUUGGCUUGGCCUGGCGUCAACCGGCUAGCCAAGCGGUGCCCACAACGGGUUUGUGAUCGUGGUGGUGGUGAUGAUGAUGUGCCUAUUGAGUCUAGCCAGGCGGCUUCAAUACGUUUUUUUUUACUCUGAACUAUGUAACGUGGCAGAACAAUGGCCGUUUAAAAAAAAAACAUUCUAGUAAUAACGAUCUGUGAAUGUGGUGGUGGUGGUGCAAAGAUUGUAUGUUUUUUUGCAAAUCUAUUGCCCCACUCGGAUGGGUUGAAACAAUUUGUUUCCUAAUUCGCUCUUGAUGAGUUCCCCCCCCCCCCAAUCCCCCACACUUUUCUAAUUAUCUAAUAAUUCAUUGUUUGUUUUAGCUAAACGAACUGCCUCAAUUUUUUUGUCGUUAUACGUGAAUUGUAGAGCCAUUGAUGAUAGCUGGUUGCAGAAUUAAUUUUGAUAACGCGUUCAAAUGAUUGUAAAAGCAUUCUUGUCUGUGCGUGGUUCGUCUGAGCGCGUGUGCGCGCGUGCGUACGUGCGAGAUAUUAAAAGUGCCACAUUUUAUUAUUAUCUCUGCUGAAAUUUGAAAAAAAAAGAAAAUGCACUCAAUUAAUUUUUGUUUUCUAAACUUGGGACAAACCGUGGCUUUUGUGUUUGUUGUUGCGCGGAGUAUAAAAUGUUAAGUGUUUUGAACAUUUAAACCCGGUGAUUUCAUUGCGAUUAGCUCUUGGUUCAUGCUCCUAAACUAUUUACCGUUAACUUAUUUAUUUAUCUAUCAUUUAUUCAUUUUGCUAAUUUUGUUUUUAUUUUUGUUAGUAUUUAUCGGAUAUGAUUCACGCAAAACUCGCGUAUUUUUUUUCUCUCUCCUUGUAUACGUUCAUUAAGUUAUGAUUAUUAUUUUUUGGUUUGAAUAUGAACUAGAAAGUACGGUUGGAAAGGAAGGGUGAUGGUGGUGGUGGUGAUUGGGGUUAGUGCCUUCGAUGUUGUAAUGAUGACUGUUUACGGAUCUGUGCGGUUAUAGAAAGUAGUUGCAACACAGGGGGUCCCCGAUAUUGUUUUUUUAUUUAAGAGAUACAUUGAACCUAAAAAGUAUAAAUUAGUACACCAAAAAAGCAGGCUUCGAGUAGCGAUAACCAAGUAUUAAACUGAUGUUGAAUUUGACUGUUAAAUAUAUAGAAAUGCAACAAGAUCAUUCCACAACUUAUUACACAACUUAACGCAUAUGUGUUUUAUUUUGUUCGACAUAAGAAAUGUACGUGGUGGUUUAAAAAAAAAACAUUAAAUUAUUCUAUGCAAAAAAAAACAAUUCUCUCUUAACUUUUGGAAAGUGGAAAUCUGUUUUUUUUUCUCUUCCCGAAGGUUGUGUUGCUACUUUGCGUUCACUACAGUUACGCUAAGUUCUUAUUUAUCAUCAGUGUUUCUUAAUAAAGUUUCUUAACAAAA